AUCAUGUCAUGGUUCGGCAAGCCAGUUGAUUGGAUUACGCUUUCAGGUCCUCCAAUGGAUGCAUUCGAUACAUCUUCAGAGUGUAGUAACGACACUGAGAAGAACGUGGACGACACGGAGCCAGCUCUGGAUCUACAUGGCCGUAAACACAUCUCCUUAGGCGGAGAUUAUCCAUAUACUGUCUCUAAAAGCCUUGAAGGGGAGAAAGAUGGCGAGAAUGAGGACAAUGACGAUUCAUGGGAUCCCAGCUAUUCCGAGCACUCCGUCAGCAUGCAGUUUCCCUCACACCCGAACACGACGGUUACUGAGAUGUAUCUGCGCAUGUACCUCCAACAACUUCCGCGCGACCUUCUUCAGGACGAAUAUGGGAACGAGAACAAUGUCAUAGCCAUCCCGUCUCAUCACCUACCAGUGCUUCAAUCCAGGAUCUGGAACGAGCAUCCUCGAAGCCUAGCACCUUCGCCAUCUCCUCCAGAUAACCUUGCUGCUGUCCUCUCGGAUAGCCCCGUGACCACCGUUCCGAAGAGCCCUGUAGCUGUCGUGACCGCUAUUCCGGAUGUAACCUAUGUCCCAUAUAGUCAUCUAGACUGCGCCAAACAUCUCCCUAACUCCCUAAUAGAGAACAGCGUCUUCGUCAUUCGAGUCUUCCCACCCGAAACCUGCUCCCAUCCUUCGUGCAGCAAAGUUCCGCACGAAUACGCCGACUUCAAAGAACGACAGAUGGCGAUAUCCCUCGAGCCUACUGUCGACCUGAGGACUCUUGCCCCACUCAGCCUCCCGCACUUCCCUCCCAAGAUGGCUAUCUUCGUCCGCGCCAAGGACGACCACCUCGACAUCAUCCGCGAAAUCAACAGAAUUGUCGAUCGUAAGGACAAGAUAUUCUGUUUCGAGUGCUUGGUGGACCUCUGGGUCAACCGUGUGUACGCCUGGGCGAUUUUAAAUCAGCAUGCUACUUAG